UAUGCCCAACUCAACAAUAGCAUUUUGCAAUGCCAAUGAAUUCACUUGAAUCAUUCCAUAAUCUUCACACAGAAAACUUCUAUAGCCAAGUAUCAUAUCAUGCUUUCAUGUUGCUCACAAGAAAGGAAGUUCAAAUAAUCAUAUAUACUACUAUCAUCCUUUUCCGGUUUUCAUCACUCCUUUGAAUCAGCUUGAAACUAAGUUGAAAAAUGGAAGAAGAAGAGCAAUGUCAUGACUCUCAAGUAUCUGCUUCUUCUUCUUUAACUGCAACCCCUCUUGAAUAUCCAUCUACUUCCCUGUUCCAAGCAGAGGAAGCCAACCGAGAAGGUGCAAAUGAGGGAAUCCAACACAACCACCUAUAUAACAUUUCAGUCACAAAUCCUUCUAUGACUGUUUCACAGGAUGGUGUCUGGUAUUGCAUAGUUGUGCUAGUGGCACUUUGGCUCAGUGCAGCAUCCGUUGCUCUAGCCUUUGGUAUCUAUGGAUCACUAAAUUUACAACUGGGACCUUACUCCUCACGUUUGAUAGAAAUCAACUCAAUGCUGGUGCAGUCUGUCAAGGUAGAACAAAUUGAUAAGCCAAAACCUGGUGCAUUUCUAUAUGGAUUUGAUCAACCCCCUUUACUAGAUGUCAAAAUCAAUUGGACUGAGAUGUAUGCUACAUCAAUACCAGCAAAAUCUCAAAAGGAGUGGAUAUUCUACCUGAAUAAGGACUCCCAAUUGGAUAUUUCUUACAGUGUUAAGUCCUUAGUGGCACCCUUAGGCCUCGUAAUUGCUAAAGGUAGAGAAAGCCUAGUUGAGUGGACACAGGACCCAUCAUUCCCUAAUGCAACAUUGUACUGGAAUACUAUCUAUGGAAGCGGCAGCAUCACACAGAAAAUAUCACAUUCAUAUACUUACUAUGUGGCUGUUAGCAAUAUGAACCCUGAAAGUGUGGAGGUAGAAUUGAACUUCAUUGUAAAUUCAUUUCUCUAUAAUACAACCAACACGUCCCAUAGAUGUUCCCUGGAUAAUGGCUUAUGCAGAUUAAGCUUUAUGUAUUUGGAGUCAAACACUGCAUUGCUCACAACUCCAGGUCCUGGAGAGGGUGUUUCUGAUGAGGAAUGGUUUGAUGUGAAAGUGUCCUAUGAACCAAGAUGGAUCAUAUAUUUAACUGGAUCAGGUGUGAUGGCAGUGCUAAUCUUUUUUGCCAUGAGAUUCUGCAAAGUGUUCCAAAUCAGUAGUGAAGAAAGGGCUAGGUUCCAACAAGCGGAAGUGCUUUCAGAAAGAACUCCAUUUCUACUUCCUGGUAAAAAUAAUCAUUAUGAAUCAUUCUCUAAUGAAGAAGAGGAUCUUACAAUGUGGCUUGAAGAGAAUUCUGUUGAAGGAAAACAAGUAAUAAAAGGGGAAACUAGCAAUGAUCUUCAGUUUUUGUGUGUUAUUUGCUUUGAAACCCCAAGGGAUUGCUUCUUUCUCCCUUGUGGACAUUGUGCAGCAUGCUUUGCUUGUGGAACAAGAAUUGCUGCGGAAGUUUGCACUUGUCCUAUAUGUAGAAGGAAAUUGAAGAAAAGUAAGGAGAAUAUUUUCAGUGUAAUUUAUCAUUCACUGUAUUUAUGGAAGUGAACAAGAUUAUAUAUAUGGUUAUCUAUUUUUACUCCUUCGACCAUCACUCUCUCUUUGGAACUGCACGAUUAACAAUCAAGUAGAUGUAUGCUAACCUUUCCCAAAAA